AUGAAGUUCCUCGCUGGAUUUGUUGUGCUCUUGGCUGCUGUGGCUUUGGCCCAAGCACAGGAUGCUAAAACCAACGAAAACAAGAACAUAAUCCACAUUAAUAGUGGUGCUCCCGCCCCCACCUAAACUUGGUUUUUAGAAUGAUUGCAGACUAGGCAUUAAACAAAAAGUUAACCUGAUUGUUGUUACACGUAAUGCCUAUGUUUAUUUUAUUUUAAUAAUAAAUUAUACAAAACCUUGAA